CUCCUCACUUCUCUGCUGCUACACACAAACUCCAUCCAUUUUUGAUUUGGCCCAUUUUCAAAUUUAACAUUUUUUUUUGCUGAGGAAAAGAUUGCAGAAGGGCUAGAAGCGUCUCUCACUAUCGUACCUCUCUUUUUUAAUGUUUCCUCUCGCAUCUUAGAUUUCAUUCUCUCCAUUUUUUCCUCUUUCUCCGUUUCUCUCACUCGGAAUCCAGGUCUUGGGUCGACCGGUUUCCCGGAAUCCGAUCACGACCCUGCGCUUCUUUUCUCGUAGAUACAGCCUCCCAAGUCCAGUUUUUUUGGCUUUCGACGAGAAUGGAGAUGGAUUCAUGUAAGCUGUUUAUCGGUGGGAUAUCUUGGGAAACCAGUGAAGAUCGUCUCCGUGAGUAUUUUCAGGCCUAUGGUGAGGUUUUGGAGGCGGUUAUCAUGAAGGAUCGAGUCACUGGCCGUGCCCGUGGCUUUGGUUUCAUCGUCUUUGCUGACUCUAAUGUCGCUGAGAGGGUCGUUCUGCAGAAACACAUGAUUGAUGGUAAAUCUGUGGAGGCAAAGAAGGCAGUUCCAAGAGACGACCACAUAAUAUUGAACAAAAGUAACAGCAGCCUCCAGGGAUCACCUGGGCCAGCAAACACUAGAAAGAUAUUUGUGGGAGGUUUGGCACCAUCAGUGACAGAGGCAGAGUUCAAGAAGUACUUUGCUCAGUUUGGCUCAAUCAUGGAUGUUGUGGUGAUGUAUGACCACAAAACCCAGCGCCCAAGAGGCUUUGGUUUCAUCACGUAUGACUCAGAGGAAGCUGUAGACAGAGUGUUGCAGAAGACAUUCCAUGAACUCGAUGGUAAGAUGGUUGAGGUCAAAGUGGCUGUCCCUAAGGAAACUUCUCCCAACACAAACCGAAACCUGAACGGCCUGAAUAGCUUCGGAAGUAGCAGGAUGAGUAUGUUGCUCAACGAUUACACCCAAGGGUUUAACCUGAGUCCAGUCUCAUCCCAUGGAGCAAAACCUGAAGGUAGGUAUAGUCCAGCAGUAGGUAACCGAGGUAGUUUCUCUCCGUUUGGCCACAAUUUCGGGAUUGAGCUAAAUUUUAUUGAGGGAAACCAGAAUCAGAGUUAUGUUAGUGGAUCCAUUGGAGGUUUUGGAAGGCCGUUUGUUCCUGGAUAUAAUGCAAGCCUGAGCAGGUAUGGUGGUCAGGGGAAUGGUUCUGUCAACAGAAAUCAACUAUGGGGGAAUAAUGGUGGUGUGGGUUACAUAUCAAACUCUGAGAUAACUGGAGGGUUCUAUGGGAACUCUGGAGUAGGAAGUAUAGGAGAGAAGUGGGGAACAGUUGGUGAAGGGCGUAGCUAUCGCGGUUAUAGCAACGCAGAGUUGGGUAUUGAUUAUGGUAGAAGCAAUGGAAUGGGAAUAGAAUCUAGAGGAGGAGGAGGAGUUGUUCAUACGAGCAGCUCGGGUUGGGGAAUGUCUGGUGAAGGAGGGAUGCUCAGUUUUGGGUACAUGAACAACACAGAGGAAUUGCUACUAGCAUAGAGACCUGACAUAUCUACACUUAGGGAGAUGAGAUGAUUAUGGAGUGAGUUUUUAGAGAGCAACUUAUUAGAGUCUUAUAGUUUUCAAUAUUGAGCGUCUUUGCUUUUUGUUCUAGUUUUGUUCUAAUUUGGAAUUUUAUUUUUUUAUUUUCCUGAUUUUUCUUUAGUGUAAAAUGACAGAUACAAAAUUGAAACCAAGACAAGAAAGAGUUUCAUGUUCGUUUUUGGG